AGACACUCUUCUUUGAGAAGUAUUUGUUUUCUAUCCUGGAGAAUAUUAACCAUGGCAGCAGUCACUGAUCAUCUAUCAAUCUCAAAGCCUUCUUCUGAGGCAUACCAGCGAGCAUCGGGGUCCGCCGACUUCAUUCGCUCCAAACUACCAUCCCACCUGCAGAACCCCCGUGUAGCCAUCGUCUGCGGUUCUGGUCUCGGAGGUAUCGCAGACACUGUCACAUCUGACACCAAGCUCGAGAUCGACUACCAUGACAUCCCCAACUUCCCAAAGACUACUGUCCAAGGUCAUGCGGGUAAGCUGGUCGUUGGAACCAUGGGCGAGACCAAGGUCCCAGUUGUCUUGUUGGUAGGCAGAGCACAUUUCUAUGAAGGCCACACCAUGGAACUAGUGACUUUUGCCACGAGAGUCUGCAAGGUGCUCGGCAUCGAGACCAUGAUCGUGACCAACGCAGCUGGUGGACUGAACCCAGACUACAACGUAGGCGACAUUGUCUGCCUCAACGAUCAUUUGAAUAUGGCUGGCUUAGUUGGUUUCCACCCUCUCCGUGGACCCAACGCUGACGACUUCGGUGUCCGCUUCCCUCCGCUAUCUGAUGCAUAUGACCUUGGUCUGCGCCAGAAGGCUCAUCAAACAUGGCAAAAGGUGCGCCCAGCAGAUGGUAAGCGCAAGCUGCACGAAGGUGUAUAUGCCUUCGUUGCUGGCCCAACAUACGAGACAAGAGCAGAAUGUCGUAUGCUGCAUCAACUAGGUGCAGACGUGGUGGGUAUGUCGACAGUGCCUGAGAUUAUUGUUGCCAGACACAGCGGCAUCAGGAUCCUUGCCUUCAGUCUGGUGACUAACAAAGCUGUGCUGCAAUCUGUGCCUCGUGGUGAUGAUGCAGCCUUGAGCUCCAUGUCGCCCCAAGAGCUCAUAGACCACUUGGGCCAGGGCAAAGCGAACCAUGAGGAAGUGAUCGAAGCUGGAAGGGAAGCUGCCAAGGACAUGCAGGUGCGUAUGACUGAUGAUGGUGGUGAUGAUGUUGUGUGAUGGGGUAUGUCGACUGACCGGAUACAGACACUGGUGUACAGCAUCGUCUCGGAUCUGUAAACACCUAGCCUCAUCUCUUCUUGGGGUCGAAAGAGCGCUUGGCUUGCAAAGCCUUGUAGUACGACUUCUUUCCGCUCGUCUUGGAGGUCUGGAU